AUGGCGGCAACUCUCCUCACGAUAAUGGCCACGUCACACAGUAGGAAAGGACUUGCGGCAGCCAAGCAAACGGAGCCAGCACUGAAGCCACUUAUCAUUAUUAUCACUCCCACUUAUAAGCGACCCACACGUCUUGCUGAUAUGACCAGAAUGUCGAACACGCUUCGCCUUGUGCCCCAUAUUCACUGGAUCGUUAUUGAAGACGACAACUAUACGUGCCUUAUGUUGAGGAUAUUCUCCGUCGUUCAACACAUUUAUACACCUAUGUUGCUGCGCGAACACCUGCAGGAUAUCCAA